AUGGCAAAGCGCGGAGCGGAAGAGGGAGCUCAUCAACCGUUGAAAGCGGGAGAUCGCCCGCCGGUGGAAGACACACAGCUAGAAGGGGACGAUUUCGAAGACGAAUACGAGGACGAAUUCGAGAGCGAAGAUGAAGACGAAAUUCUCGAGGCCGGUGUCGAUGGCCGCCCUGAUGAGGAGUUGGAGGCAGAAAGAAGUAAGUAGAAAUAUCCAUGUUUUGAACUUCACCAGGGUCGGCCUCAGGAAUACUACUACUAGCUGCUUCUCGUGUUGAGAUCCAAGAAUACUUCUUGGAAGACGUACUAACCUUCUCCAGGCGCAAUGGAUGUCGACCAGGAAACAUUCAUACCCGGGCGGCACAAACUAGAUGCUGGCCAGACCCUUGCACCGGAUCUGUCAACGUAUGAAAUGCUCCACACUCUCGAGCCAACAUGGCCAUGUCUCUCUUUCGACAUCCUCAAAGACAACCUGGGCGAGCGCAAGUCCUACCCUGCGACAAUGUACGCCGUUGCAGGCACGCAGGCCGCCCAAGGACAAGAGAAAAACAACCAGAUCAUGGUCAUGAAGCUCUCCGGUCUCUCACGCAACGACAAGGCCGCGAACAUCGACUCGGAAGAUGAAGAGGACGACGACGACGACGAAUAUUCCGACCCCAUCCUCGAGACUAAAGCGAUUCCGUUGAACUGCACGACCAAUCGCAUUCGCGCUCACCAAUCACCCCAAGCGAGCUCUUCCAAUCCUCCAACGACCAUCGCGGCUGCUAUGCAAGAAUCCGGCGACGUCCUGAUCCACGACAUCACACCGCAUCUCCAGUCCUUCGACACACCGGGCUUCCAGAUUCCCCAGCAUGCCAACAAGCCCCUCAGCACGAUCCGAGCACACAAGAAGAACGAGGGCUACGCUCUAGACUGGUCUCCGCUCGUUCCCCUCGGAAAGCUACUGACCGGCGACUCUGCCGGCUCGAUCUACAGCACGACACGCACCGAGGGCGGCGGCUUCGUAACGGACACAAACCCCUACCUCGGCCACACGUCUUCCGUCGAAGAACUCCAAUGGUCGCCCUCGGAACGCAACGUCUUCGCAUCGGGCUCCGCAGACGGCACGGUCAAGAUCUGGGACGCCCGAGCCAAGGACCGCAAACACGCCAUCUCCGUCCAAGUCUCCCAAUCCGACGUCAACGUCCUCUCCUGGUCCCAUCAGACCCCUCACCUCCUAGCUUCCGGCCACGACGACGGCACAUGGUCCGUCUGGGACCUGCGCCAGUGGAAAUCCCCCGACACGGCCGCGAAAUCGAAGCCCGUGGCGAAUUUCAAUUUCCACCUGGGCCAGAUCACGAGUCUCGAAUGGCACCCCACAGACGACAGUAUUAUUUCUGUAUGUGCUGGGGACGACAUGCUCACGUUGUGGGACUUGGCCGUGGAGUUGGACGACGAGGAGAGCAAGUACACGGCGGACGCCAAGGACGUUCCGCCGCAGCUGUUGUUCAUUCACUACUCUCAGCAAGUGAAAGAGGCUCACUGGCAUCCCCAGAUCCCGGGUGCUCUCAUGGCCACUGGCGGGUCCGGCUUCCACGCGUUCAAGACCAUAAGUGUAUAG